UAGGAAGUAGCGGACGCGAUAAAAGGACCCGUGGGGCCUCGCUGAGGGCGUUGCGCCCCUCCUCUCUCCGACCCCGGGCUCCCGUCGCGGGGCUCUCCGGGCGGUCGCACGUGUUGUCAGGCGCGGGCUCCUCCCCUGUCCGCCCCCUCCCCCGGAGCCGCGGCGCCGCUCGUUCCGUGCCCGCCGCGAUGGCGCUCGACCCCGCAGAGCAGCAUCUCAGACAUGUCGAAAAAGACGUUUUGAUUCCUAAAAUAAUGAGAGAGAAGGCCAAAGAGAGAUGUUCUGAACAAGUUCAAGAUUUUACCAAAUGCUGCAAGGAAUCUGGAAUCCUUAUGGUAGUAAAAUGUCGGAAGGAAAAUUCUGCAUUGAAAGAAUGUCUAACUGCCUACUAUAAUGAUCCAGCCUUUUAUGAAGAAUGCAAAAUGGAAUACCUGAAGGAAAGGGAAGAAUUCAGAAAAACUGGAAUUCCUACUAAGAAGAGACUACAGAAGCUUCCCACCAGCACGUAGAAAAUAUUCCAGUGACAUUCAGAAACUGUAAUAUCUGUGGAAGUCAUUUACAAUAUAAGUCACCUAGCAUAAUGGACUCUACAUAAAAAUAUUUCAUCCUAAUUAUGAAAAAUGUUACCUCAAAUACAGAUCUUUAUUUCAAAGUUCUGAUCUAUUAAAUGAUAGAAGUAAA